AUGGAGAGAGUUGGUGGUGAUGGCAGUAGCGGUGGCAAUACAGUUGUCAGGGGUGGUGAUGGUGGAGGCGGAUGUCUCCGUCUCCGUGGCGGUGCCGAGACAGUUGGUUCUGGUGGUGGAGGUGGAUGCUGCGGUGGCCGCCGUGGUGGCCUUAUUGGUUGCGGUGGCAAGACUGUUGGCGGUGGUGAUGGCAGAGGUGGACAUGGAGGUCUCUGUCCUCGUGGCGGUGGUGGUGGCGAGACUGUUGGCGGUGGUGGAGGUGGAUGUCUGGGUGGCCGUCGUGGUGGUCUUAUUGGUGGCGGUGGUGAUGGUAGUGGUGGUGGCGGAGGUGAUGAUGAGACAGUUGGCGGUGGUGGUGAUGGCAGUGGUGGUCGAGGUGGACGUCUUGGUGGCGUUCGUGGUGGUCUUAAUGGUGGCAGUGGGGAGUCUUUUGGCGGUGGUGAUGGCAGUGAUGGGGGCGGAGGUGGUGACGAGACAGUUGGCGGUGGUGGUGGCGGCCGUGGCGGUCGUGGUGGACGUCUUGGUGGCGAUCGUGGUGGUCUUAAUGGUGGCGGUGGGGAGACUGUUGGCAGUGGUGAUGGCGGAGGUGGUGACGAGACAGUUGGCGGUGGUGGUGGUGGAGACGAGACCGUUGGCGGUGGUGGUGGAGGUGGACCUCUUGGUGGCCGUCGUGGUGGUCUUAAUGGUGGUGGGGGGGAGAUUGUUUGCGGUGGUGAUAGCAGUGGUGGUGGCGGAGGUGGAGGUCUCCGUCGCGGUGGAGAGAUUGUUGGCGGUGGUGACCGUCGCGGUGGUCUUAUUGGUGGUGGUGGAGGUGGAUAUCUCGGUCGCUGUCGCGGUGGUCUUAUUGGUGGCAGUGAUGGCGGUGGAGGUGGAUGUGGCCGUCGUUUGUUGCAAUACCCCGGUUCAUAG